UGCACUGGCGGGGUGGCGGCGGCGGGAGCGCGAGGCUGCGGAGGUUGUCAAACUGGCUUAGGUUCGUGAAGACUGCCUUGGUGUCAAGCACUCUCUGACUUGUCUCCAGUUCUCAGGAGCAAAGGUACACUUACAGGACUGUACCAAUAUGCAUCUGUAGAGAGCAACUGUCCUCCCUGAAAAAUAUUUGCAUAAGUGAUUGAACUGCACCCAGAGAAAAAAUACUGUCUGCCCACAAUCUGCAGGGCAAGGAUGUCCUGGGAAAGAGAAUAGUAAGAAGCUGAGAUGAAAUAGAGAAUGGACCUGAUCAAGUGAAUUACCUUUUCAUCAUCACGCAGUCCAGCUCAAGCUGUACCUGCAGGCCUGACAGCCACCCUCAUUCACAAGUUGAGAUAUAUAUUUGUUGGCCAGGAGUGAUGCAACAUAAUAUUUACACACUGUGAAUUGUUAACAUGACAACCAGUAGCCGCACAUGUCCAGUACCAGCCGUGAAUGGACAUAUGACUCACUAUCCAGCAGCACCAUAUCCAUUACUUUUUCCUCCAGUCAUCGGUGGGCUGUCACUGCCUUCCCUCCAUGGACUCCAGAGUCACCCACCAACAAGUGGAUGCAGCACCCCAUCACCUGCAAGAGGAUGGAUGGUUCCUCGGGAAGACCUCGGGUCCCUUGCUGAAAGAAGCUGGAAACAUGUUGGUGGCACCAGCUCCAGUUCCGGUGGCUUGAUCGCCCAUGCAGUUGAAACUCAGAGCACCAGUUCUGAGGAACUUGUUCCGAGUCCUCCUUCACCACUUCCACCCCCUCGUGUUUACAAGCCCUGUUUUGUCUGUCAAGACAAGUCAUCUGGAUAUCACUAUGGUGUCAGUGCUUGUGAGGGAUGUAAGGGCUUUUUCCGCAGGAGUAUCCAGAAGAACAUGGUUUACACAUGUCACAGAGAUAAAAACUGUGUUAUCAAUAAAGUUACCAGAAACCGCUGCCAGUACUGCAGACUACAGAAGUGCUUUGAAGUGGGAAUGUCCAAAGAGUCUGUCAGAAAUGACAGGAACAAAAAGAAGAAGGAACCUUCGAAGCAGGAGUCCACAGAAAACUAUGAAAUGACAGCAGAGCUGGAUGAUCUCACUGAGAAGAUCCGAAAAGCUCACCAGGAAACCUUCCCUUCGCUCUGCCAGCUGGGAAAAUACACUACAAACUCCAGCGCAGAUCAUCGGGUUCGACUGGACCUCGGGCUUUGGGACAAAUUCAGUGAACUUGCAACAAAGUGCAUUAUUAAAAUAGUGGAAUUUGCAAAGCGAUUGCCAGGCUUCACAAGUUUGACCAUUGCAGACCAGAUAACUCUACUUAAAGCAGCCUGCCUGGAUAUACUGAUCCUCAGAAUUUGCACAAGAUACACACCAGAACAAGACACCAUGACCUUUUCCGAUGGCCUUACCCUAAACCGAACUCAGAUGCACAACGCUGGAUUUGGCCCACUGACUGAUCUGGUGUUCACGUUUGCCAACCAGCUCCUGCCUUUGGAAAUGGAUGAUACAGAAACAGGUCUCCUCAGUGCCAUCUGCUUAAUCUGUGGAGAUCGCCAGGACCUUGAAGAACCCAUGAAAGUGGAUAAGCUGCAGGAGCCGUUGCUUGAAGCACUGAAAAUUUAUAUCCGAAAGAGACGACCCAACAAGCCUCAUAUGUUCCCAAAGAUCUUAAUGAAAAUCACAGAUCUCCGCAGCAUCAGUGCGAAAGGUGCAGAACGUGUCAUUACGUUGAAAAUGGAAAUUCCUGGAUCCAUGCCACCUCUUAUCCAGGAAAUGUUGGAGAAUUCUGAAGGACAUGAACCACUGACACCCACCUCCAAUGGAAAUACUGCAGAACACAGUCCGAGUAUCUCACCUAGCUCAGUGGAUAACAGCAGUGUCAGUCAAUCCCCGAUGGUGCAAUAAGACAUUUUCCAGCUACUUCAGACAUUCCUAACACCUUAUGUACAGGGAUGAAAAAAAAAAGCAAGAAAAACAUUUUUACUGCUGCUUUAGUUUCUGGACUUAAUAUAUUAUCUAUAUAUGUGUAUAUAUAUAGAUACAAACUCAACAAGGACCAAGAAGUUUUCAUAUGUAUCGAUAUAUACUCCUUGCUGUUUAAACUUUUAAAACUAGAAAAUGCAAACUUUUGAAACUCUUAAAUCAGCCAUUUCAUGCAAAAAACACAAAAUAGUUAAGCUUCUGUUUUCUCCUCUGAACAUUCAAGAUUGCAUGGUGACAAGACAGAUCUCAAACUACAAAUUCUGGUUGCAUUUCUGAUGACUCUGUACAUACAAACGUAUGGCUGUACUGUCCAUACUGGAUGUUUGGUGCUUUCCUUUUGUCUCUCAUACCUAAAAUGAUCAAGACACCAACCCUAUGAAAUGGAACUGUACACGUCCAGAAAAGGAAGUUUAAAGGACCGUCUGGUUUAGUUUAAUACAGAAACCUUGUCUUUGAUGCUCUCAAUUUGCAUCUCCUUCCUUGUAAAAAAAAAAUAUACAAGAAUUGACUGCACUAGCAGAAAAGACAUCAGUAUCAGCAUUACCUGCCAGCUCGGUUAUUCAGCGGUCAUUUGUUCCACUGUUAAUGUCACUUUAAAAUUUAAAGAAGCGGUUUCUCACCUGGCUGGUGACCUAGCUACCCAAUUAACUACUCCAUUUCUGCAGCAACGAUAGCCUCCAAGGCAGAAACACUUUUUAGUGUUACCAUGUUUUUGUUUAUCUGUUCACAAGCCAUUAGGGAAACUUCAUGGGACGAUAACCAGCAGACUCAUUGACAGCGCUGGACUCGGCGAGCUAGAGUUUUUCCUCAAGAGGGGGCUGCCAGGGAGGAUCUGGGCUAUCCAGCCUUCCAGGUGCUAGGGAAGUACAGCUAGGACUGCCAGAAACACAAGGAGAGAAUCUGCCGCCUUGGCCUUGUUAAAUCACCAUGAAGCAGAGUGAAAACUGUGGUAGAAUGGUUAACAGAUUUAAAGUGUCAGUUUCUUAGGUUUCAUUUAAAGCACUAGUGGAUUUUUUUUUUAUAUAUUCUAGCAAGUCUGUGAUGUACUUUCACUGGCUCUGUUUGUACAUUGAGAUUGUUUAACAAUGCUUUCUAUGUUCAUAUACUGUUUACCUUUUUCCAUGGAGUCUCCUGGCAAAGAAUAAAAUAUAUUUAUUUUAAAAAAAACCC